GUGGUUUUGCGAGUGUGCAAGACCCUAAGUGUGAGGAGGACUGUGUGUGAGAGAGGAAACUGCGAGACAGCAAGUGUGAGGGAGAGACCCUGUGUGUGUGUGACGGAAAAACCCGGAGUGUGACGAGAAAAGCUGUGGGUGUUAGGGUGACUCUGGAGUGUGAGCCACCCUGAGAGAGACGGAGACAGCGGAGGAGGUUUGAGUGUUAGAGAAGCCACGAGUGUAAAGACUGAAACACUGGGUCCUUCGCCAUCUGGGACCGUGUGAGCCUAAUUGAUCCCCUGGGGCUUAGGCUGCGAGCGAGAAGCUGUUGUUCGAGAGGCGGUGUGUGUGAGGGCAGAGACUAUGUGAAUGCAGGAAUGCAGCUUCUUGGGGCUUUUGAAACCUCCGACUCGUGUUGGGACUUAGAGUGCUGAGAGAUUGAAUGGCCAAAACAGAGAAGUGGAAUUAACCCUUGCUGAAAGCAUUUCUUUUCUUCUUGGUACCUGACUCAUUUGUGGUGAAACAACUUGAAGUGUGACAGGCCACAGUAAAUACAGGUGUACAGGAACCACAGGAAUCACUUACCAUGGAAGCCAGGGAACUUGGGAGUCCCACACCCACCUACCAUCUUCUCCCCAAGGCCAAGCAGCAUGCUGUAAAAGAAGAUGUUAGCUCACCAUCUCCAGGGCCUGCAGAGACUGUGCAGCUGAAGAAGGAGAUCUCCUUGCUGAAUGGGGUCAGCCUGGUGGUGGGGAACAUGAUUGGCUCAGGGAUCUUCGUCUCACCCAAGGGUGUGCUGAGAUACACUGCCUCCUAUGGGUUGUCACUGAUUGUUUGGGCCACUGGCGGACUCUUCUCUGUUGUGGGUGCCCUUUGUUAUGCAGAACUGGGAACCACCAUCACCAAGUCAGGGGCCAGCUACGCUUACAUUUUAGAGGCCUUUGGGGGCUUCAUUGCCUUUAUCCGUCUGUGGGUCUCACUUCUAAUCGUUGAGCCCACCAGUCAGGCCAUCAUCGCCAUCACUUUCGCCAACUACAUCAUCAAGCCCUCCUUCCCCACUUGUGAUCCUCCAUAUGUGGCCUGCCGUCUCCUUGCUGCUGCCUGCAUAUGUCUGCUGACAUUUGUGAACUGUGCCUAUGUCAAGUGGGGCACACGAGUACAAGACACAUUCACGUAUGCCAAGGUCGUGGCACUCAUUGCCAUCAUUGUCAUGGGAUUUGUUAAACUGUGCCAGGGACACACUGAGCACUUUCAGGAUGCCUUUGAGGGUUCCUCGUGGGAUAUGGGAAACCUCUCUCUUGCCCUCUACUCUGCCCUCUUCUCUUACUCAGGUUGGGACACCCUUAAUUUUGUAACAGAAGAAAUCAAAAACCCAGAAAGAAAUUUGCCCUUGGCCAUUGGGAUUUCUAUGCCAAUUGUGACACUUAUCUACAUCCUGACAAACGUGGCCUAUUACACAGUGCUGAACAUUCAAGAUGUCCAGGAGAGUGAUGCAGUGGCUGUGACAUUUGCUGACCAGACAUUUGGCAUGUUCAGCUGGACUAUCCCCAUUGCCGUUGCUCUGUCCUGCUUUGGGGGCCUAAACGCAUCCAUCUUUGCUUCAUCAAGGUUGUUUUUCGUGGGCUCUCGUGAGGGCCACCUCCCGAACCUUCUGUCCAUGAUCCACAUUGAGCGCUUUACACCUGUGCCUGCUUUAUUGUUCAAUUGCACCAUGGCACUUAUCUACCUCGUCGUGAAAGAUGUUUUCCUGCUCAUCAACUACUUCAGCUUCAGCUACUGGUUUUUUGUGGGCUUGUCUGUGGUUGGACAGCUCUACCUUCGCUGGAAAGAGCCUGACAGGCCUCGACCUCUCAAGCUGAGCCUCUUUUUUCCCAUCGUGUACUGCAUAUGUUCCUUGUUUUUGGUGGCUGUACCUCUCUUCAGUGACACCAUCAAUUCUCUCAUUGGCAUUGGGAUUGCCCUCUCUGGGGUCCCUGUCUACGUCAUGGGUAUUUACCUGCCAGAGUCACGGAGGCCACUCUUUAUUAGGAAUGUUCUGGCUACUGUCACCAGAUUAACCCAGAAGCUUUGUUUUUGCGUCUUGACUGAGCUUGAUGUAGCUGAAGAGAAAAAUGUUGAGAGGAAAGAAAACUGACUAGGAGCCAGAGGUGACAUUCUCUGAAGCCCAGAGGCUGUGACCACAGCCAUCAAAGACCAGUUACCUAACCCUUCUGAAUGAAAGGAGCCUCUUGGCCCACAUUCUGUAAGGGGACUCAGGGCCAGUGCUCUCUCAUUGGUAAGCUGUGGAAGAUACUGAUCAGACCAGCCUGAAGAUGAGACUUCAGUGGGAGGGGAGGUUGGGACAAGGGAUUGAUUUCGUUUUUCUUCUUCUGGUGGAUAGGUACAGACUGCCCUGUUGGUACAUUGUAGUGGGCAAAGAGGGAAGAAUGUUAGGUUGAUAGCUAUGGCGUAUAGCUCACAGAUAAACCAGGAAUCUUUACAGUGGGGCUCUUUCAUGGGAAAUCUUCAUCUGACCAAGUACAGCUACUUGAUUUUAGAAGCCUGAAAUGCUGCCAUGUCUUUCUGUGGCUCAAAAUUCUUCCUUAGGGAAAAUAUUGUGUCCCCCCCCCCUUUUUGUUUGUUGGGUAGCAUGAACAGCAAGGCUUUAUUUAACUGACAUGGGAUCAAUGUGCGCCCUCAUUCCUGAAUUCCACAAGAGGAAUAUCACUCCCUGCCCUGGAACUUCAUGUUCAAGCAAAGAAUAUAGCUUGAUGAGAGGAAGAUCGACUCUUCAGGGUCAGGGCAUGAAAGCCCUCCUGUUGAGGACUUCCCAUUUGUGGGUCUGAAUGUUGGGAAAUCCUUGGGAUCUCGUUGUGUACAGUGUGCCUAUCUCCUUGAGGAGGUGCUGCCUGUCUGACUGACUUUGCUCAGAUCAUUUUAGCACUAUGGCCAAAAUCCUUAAGCAAGGAGGUGAGCUUCUGGCUCAUAAAGAAAUUGUUUUGGAUACUAGAUUGCCUCCUUCCUAGCUGAAGCCAUGGUGCUGUGGAGCUCUUGAAACAAGGGCUGAAAGAAAACCUCACUACUACAGCUGAGUGGGAGUAUCUCUGCUACUACUGUCACCAAAUUCCAACUCCUGUAUUUAUUGAUAUUUAAUCCAGGACACCAAUUGUAGCAAACCAUUAGUGAUUAUUUGUUCACAGGAUGCAAUAAAUGGUGUUUGAAAAAAAGUACCUUAGCUGGUGUGGUAGUAGACACCUGUAAUCUGAGCACUUGGCAUGGUGAUGCAGGAGGAGUCUGAAUUUGAGGCUAGUUUAGGCUACAUAGUAAGUUCCAGGCAGCCACUCUGGGCUAGCAGGAUCCUGUCUUUAAAAAAAGAGAAAAAAAAGUUCAAGUACUCAAAACAGUAUCUCCUGGCUCUCAGAGAUGUCUCAAUGUGAUAGUAAGUCAGAUUCUGACAAUAUUUCACAAAAUUUGUUGAGCAUUAUCUAUGAAGGUGAAGUUAAAGGAGUUUUCGAGCUGGGCAUGGUGGUGAACACCUGUGAUCCUAGCACUCAAUAAGCUAAAGCAGGGGAUUUGAUUUGCUGAAGGUUCAAAGCUAGCCUGGGCUACAUAGUACCAUAUUAUCUGAGCUUAUAUAGUAAGAACUUGUAUCAAGAACAAAGAUAAAGGACAUUUUAAAACAUGUACCUGUUACACUUUAAUAUAGAGACAAGUCACAUGUUACUGUCAUCUGGCUCAGCUCCAGCAAGGACAGAUUGGCAACCACAUGAGCCAUAAGUUUGGUAAUGUUAUUUUGAAGGAUAAUCCUUUGUUUUAUUAAGACCUUUGGCCUUUGUUCUAGUUGAUAGAAAGUAUAUCUGCAUUUGUUAUGAGGCCUGGGAUGUUUUAUAAUUCAGGUAGAUUACCUGGUUCAUCAAUUAUUAGUGGACUUGGAGAACAUCAUAAAUUCAAGUCAUCAAAUA